GGACUAUAUAAUUCCAACUUAUCAAUACAUAUACCCAAGUCUUUAAAAACAUUUUCAUAUUGUAUAAGAAAUAAAUUAUAACAAAAAAAUAUUAUGAUCAACCACAGUUGUUUCUUAAUUUUAUUAACCUUAACAUGGUAUUGGAAAUUAGAUGCUUUUACAGGUCGUUGUAAACCUGAAGGAGAAAAUUGUACCAAAACAAUAUUUUCACCAUGUUGUGCAAAUUCCACAUGUCAACUACAUGGAUUAUUUAAAGGAGUUUGUGUUAAAUGUUUACCUGAGAAACAUUUGUGCUUAUCCAGUAGUGAAUGUUGUACAAAAUUAUGUAGUUGGUUUCGAUGUAUAAUGACAAAUUAGAUAUAAACUGAUUCAUUCAUUCACAAUUGAUGAAUAUUCUUAUACAAGUAAAUUGACUAGUAAUCUACCAAAAAAUAUAAGUUCAAAUGUUCUUAAAACUUGUUUAACCACAAUGAGUUCAUUUAUGGUUAUAUGACACUUAAAAACACACUGUAAUAAUAAUAAUAAAUGUUUAAGUAAAAAUGCAUAACUACUGAGAGAUCCAAGAAUAGGACUGAAUCUUAAAUUGUCUUCCUCUUUCAAGAUUAUAUCUAGAGCAUUAGCUUCAAACAUAUAAUAGUAAAACAUUGUGAAUGUGUUAUCGCCUCACUUCGAC